AUGAGUGCCGUGUUACCUGUCGCCCAACGUGGUGAAGACGUUUUAAAAUUAAUCGCAGCGCCUGUGGCUGAAGCUGAGUUUUCAAGUACGUGGUUAAACGAAUUAUCCAAGGCCUUACAGACCACCAUGUUAGAGCGUAAUGGUGUGGGGAUCGCCGCACCACAAGUCUAUGUUUCUAAACGGGUGAUUAUUAUUGCUUCAAGAGCGAACCCUCGCUACCCAGACGCACCUGAAAUGGAUGCAAUCACAAUGAUUAAUCCUGAAAUCUUAGAGCAGUCUGAACAGACCAUCUUGGGUGAGGAAGGAUGUUUAAGUGUGCCGAAUGAAAGAGGGCAAGUGGCUCGUGCUGAAGCAGUUACUGUACAAUUUUUCACGCUGACUGGCGAAAAGAUUAUCCAGCAGUUUCAUGCCAAGCUUUUCUACGUAGAAUUGCUAAUUGGAUAUUGUUAA